UACUAUCUAAAAUUUUGCCUGGAAAGUUGAUGGUUUGGAAUGCCUAAUGAAUAGAUUCUGUCAAAAAUAUCGAAAAAUGUCAGAUACCAAAUGCUUGUAUCACAAAUGUUAUGAAUCUUGUCAAUGUUAUUCUUUCAAUAGUUAUGAUUUUAGAGAUUAAGUGUAACGAACUCAACGAAGAAAUUGUAUUCCCUCAAGAUUCUAUUGAUCAACAGCUGGCAACUGAGAAACCAGAAGAAAAUGUCGAAAUCUUCAAAGUGUGCGAGGAUGGUUUAGGCUGUAUAGAAACUGAUCAGACUUGGUACCAUAAAGAAUACAGACCUGUAAAUUUGAGACCUUUGGCUAGGCAUAUUAUAAAAACAGACUUUUUACUGAUCAAAAAAGCUAACACGGAAGAAGAUCAAUUAUUGUAUACCAGUUUUCAACCAAAACAAGAUUCAAUUAAAAGGGCAGGAUUUUCUAAUGAUUCAGAGCUCAUGAUUCUGAUACAUGAUUUUACUGGAAAUGGAUAUACGGGGUGGAUUAAGCACUUAUCCCACAAAAUACUAGAAAGCUCUAUGGACUACAAUUUAAUAUCUGUAGAUUGGCAAAGAGGUGCUGAACCUCCAUUUGAUCAGGCUAUAGCAAACGCUAGACUCGUAGCCCUAGAAAUACUAAUACUAAUGAAAGAAUUAAAGGAGAAUAUGGGCUAUGGUUUGGAUGAAAUUCAUAUUAUUGGACACGGUGUAGGGGCUCAUAUAGCAGGAUAUGUUGGAUACUCAUAUAAUAAAAUUAAAAAAAUCACAGGUCUGGACCCAAGUGGACCUAGAUUUGAAGGGAUGCCAUUCAAUGUUAAGUUAAACCCUAGAUGUGCUAAAUAUGUUGAAGUGAUACAUACUGAUUAUUAUCAAACUAGAAGCCAAGGGAUUAGCGAAAAUUUGGGCCACAGUGACUUUUUCGUUAACGGAGAACAAGAACAACCGGGUUGUUCAGUAGACACAAAUUUUAGCAAACUGGUAUCAGUAGAAAGAGGAAGUUUAAAGGAAGGCGAGAUCCUACCAGGAUGCAGUCACAAACGGGCAUUUAAGUACUUCAUCGAAUCAAUAGGAAAUAAAAAUUGCACGUUUCAAGGAAUUAGGUGUAAUAAUCUACAGGAUUUUCAAAAUGGUAAAUGUACUAACUGUAACUUACCAGGACAUGAUUGUAGAUUGUUUGGUUUAAAAACUUAUCUGGAAACUUCCGAAAACAACAUGUUUUUUCUGAAUACUGCCAGUCAUUCUCCGUUUUGCUUGUUGGAGUAUAAAAUAACAGUCUUUAUAAAUGAUGAGGAGAAAAAUGGUUAUUUUGAUUUUAUUUUAAUCGAUGAAAAUGCUGAUGUAUCAGAAGCCUAUCUGUCACCCGAAAAUGGGAAUAACUUUAGAAAAUUACUAGGUGGUCCUGAACACCAUGAAACUGGUAACAGUUUUAUUUAUUUCGCAACACCACCCAAGCUCCACAACAUUCGAGAAUUAAAAGUUAGAUGGAAUGAAAAAAUGUCUCUUAGUUGCGUUUUCUUUUGUAAAAAAACGAUUGCUUUACAAAAGGUUACUAUCUCGUUUUUGGGUACAGGACAUAAUGAUGCCAGCGAUGAAGUGAGUUUCUGUCCUGACAAUAAAUUUCUACAAAUCCAGAGUGAAGCGUAUGUUACAUUUAAAAGAUGUGAAGAAGCUAGUCAACAUUUUUCUCAAAAACAGACACUCAGUGAGGUAUUUACAACAGUUAGAACGUCAUCGGAAGUUAAUCAACUAAAAGAAAUUACAACACUAAAAGACCAGAAAGAAUCAACCAAAAUAAGUACUUUAAUUUCUUCUGAGAGUAGUAUCCAAAUCACUUCUCCAUACAAAUCAUCAGAAAAGUCUGCAAAUUCUAACGAACUUACCACUAAAUCUACAACUCUCUUUACCACCGAGACUGAUUCUCAAACCAAAUUGAUAGAGCAAGAGGAAUUUGAAGGAGGAUGGAAAGCAAAUGUUGUUAAAACAUCAAAAAAGAAUGAAUAUUUGAACAACACAUCAAAAACGUCAUUUACUACCAAAAUUAUUUCUCUAACCAAACUGGUCGAAACAGAAGAAUCUAAAGAUGUAUGGAAAUCAGAUAAAACUACUGAAAAUGCAACUGCUACCAUGCAUAUAUCCAAGAAGAUAUUUGUAGACGAACCAAGUUCUUCAUCCAUGGCUCAUUUGGAACGUAAGAAAUAUGAAGAAAAUGAAGUUACGCCUAAAUCUCAGCAUUCAGAUCGAAAAACAUAUGAAGGAAAAUUAAAUAAUAUUAAAAUGUUAAACAUUAUAUCAACUGAAGAUUCAAGAGAGGCUAAACCUAUAAUUAAAAUUAUACCUGCUUCUAAAUAUUUAGAUUCUCAUAAUGGAGAAUCAGAAUAUUUAAGUAAAAUUAAUACAGGGCUGAAAACAAAAUUUGUUUCUGAAAUUGAACAUUUAACUGAAUCUAAUGACUUGGGACCAGACUGGCAUGUCACUAGCGAAAAAGAAUCUAAUAGAAUUCAAGAUUUUAAUACGCUCACCUCCAAUUUAUUUGCCUUCGAACCAAAUAAUGUUGAAUCCAGAAUAAAAACUAUAAAUAAAGAUUUAACAUCGUCUAUUACAUUUUUAAAUGAAGUUCCCUAUCAGGAAUAUCCAGGUGAAGUUAUGUCUACGUUUAAAUCACGAAAGGAUCCUAAAAACACUGAAGACCCAAUUGAAAUAAUAACUAAAUCUAUGAAAAUGUAUACAGAUGAAAUAAAAUCUCCUUACAAAAAGAAAUUGAAAAUAAUCAAUGAUAAUUUAGGCAAUAAUGUAAAUCAUGAACCAAUUAAUUAUUAUAGUAAAGGUUAUAUUAAGAACAAAAACAUUGUCAAUAAAGCAAUAUCGCCAAAGCUGGAAGAAAAAAAAUUUGAAUGGGCAAUGAGAGCUUUCAAUGAUAAUUUAUCUAAAAAUGUAAAUAAUGAAACCAAUGAAGUAUCUAAUGAAAGUAUGCAUUCAAAUGACGAUGGUCAAUGGAAUAAUCACUUUGCAAAAAGACCAAAAAUGAUCGACUCUUCAAGUGAGGUUAUCUUUAAAGAUAUGUUAAACACCAACAAUAAGAAGAUAAGACCAGUUCCUAAUACUAGUAAAGAAGAAAACUUAGUUCCCACAGAAAUAAAUUACCAAAAUAGACCUUUGAUUGAAGAACAAGAUGAACUUGAAGGGGUAUCGAGAGCUCCUUUUCACAAACAUACCAAUAGAGUUGAAGAAUCAAUGGAAAUUACUUACAAACCUGAGCAUUUAAGUAAAUUUAUAGAUAGAAAUUUAAUUAAAAAUAAUAAUUUCGAAUCUAUAACCAAUGAAAAUAUAAAGAAACAUAAAGAUUUUAACAAAUUUACUGCUAAAACUAAAAAUAUAGCAGAACAAUUAGAUAUUGAAGCCAAUGAAGAAUCAAAUGAAAAUGAAGAUGCAAAUCCUAAAUCCAAUAUAGAAACUAGCAAUCAGACUGCUUCUGAUUUUGUAGGACAGGAAGUUACUCCAAGAUUCAAACCAUAUACUAAUGAAACUAAUGAUCAAACCCAAUCUGAAAAUAUUGAAGGAAAAUUGGAAGAUAACGAUAAUGUAAAGGAAUAUGUACUAACGGGUUCAGUUCAAUAUUCAACAGAAGUAAGCCUUAAAAACCAUCUGACCAAAUUUUGGUUUAGGAAUAAAGAAAAAUUUGAAGAUGACCAAACAGAAUCUCAAUUUGAUCAGCCGAAGAAAUUUAAUAAUAGAUUAAAGUAUGCGACUCAAGAACAAUUGUCCGAACCCAAAAAAGGGUUUGGAAUCAAAUACGGCAAUCCACAUUCAAAGAAAUUUAGAAACAGAUUUGAAACUGCUUAUAAAAACUCAACAAAAGAUGCAGUUGAAGAAAUAACUGAAUAUUCAGAACCAAAUCAAUUAAAUUAUCGAACGAAAUCAUCUUUUUUAAAAAACAAUGGGAAGUUUAAAUGGGAAACUAAAGAAAAUUGGUCCAACAGAGUUAUGUCUAAAGCUACUGCUAAAACAAGUUCACCUUUUCAAAAUUUAGAUGACGUAAAAUACAUGAAAGUUACUGAAGAUAUUGCUGAAGAUGUAAGUGAGCGUAUAAACAAAGGUGAAAAAAAAUUUGAAGCCGAUUUCCAAAAAACCUUUGAAGAAGAGGAGACAGAUACUACAGUGGUGAUUGGUACUAAUAAAAAUACGAAAACAGCUGAAGAUGGCGAGCUAUUUACUCUUGAAGUAAGUUAUGAAAUCACUUCUGAGCAGGAUGAGGGAAAAUUGUGGCAGCCUACAGAUGAAUAUAUAUCUAAACACAAGUGCACCAAAAUGGUUGAAUGUUUACAACAGGUUACUACUAAAUUCACUACAGGUAGUUCUACAACAAAAAAAAUAUCUGAAGAUGAAGAUGUAUUUAGUUCUCUGAUAGACGCUGAUGAUAUGAGUGAAACCACAACUAUUUCAGAUGACUUAGUUGGAGAAAAUCUUACGGAAGUACAAAUUAAAUCCAUUAUCGAUAAUAUUACGAACUAUCUAAAUACCGAAACAGAUGAAUACAUUACAGAAUAUAUAUUUAAACAAAAAGACACUACAGAAGAAGAUACAACAAUUUAUCCUGAAUCAGAAUCUAUACUGUUACCUGAGCAAGUUCGCAGGCAAAUAAAAAAAUAUAAUUUAAAGAAAUUUGAAUAUGAUCAUCCAAAAAAGAUUAAAAAAAGUUGGAGAACUAGCGAGUAUUUAAACGAUUUAACAAACGAAGCGCAAAAAUUAUUUAAUCCGCCAUCUUAUCAUUAUACAACAUUUGAUAAAUCAAAAAACAGAGAUGAUAAAAUUAAAGCUAUCAUCAAAAAUUUUACAAAGUUUGUAGAUAUCGACAUAGGUGAAACUACGCCUAUAUCGAGUAAAAUUUCAAAAUAUUCUCCCAAAAAAACUAAAAAUCCAAUUAAAAAAUAUAUCACUAAAAAUAUAAUUCCAGAGAAAUUGAAGAAAUCAGAAUUCAAAAGAAGAUGGACUCCUGGUACAACAAAAAAAAGUGACGCAAAAUCAAAACAAACGAAAUUAAAACCUGCCAAAGAAAAUGUAAGUGAAAAUUAUAAAAAAGUGACUAGUAUUUCAGUAGAAAAUAAAGAAAUAAAUAAUAAUAAUACGUUUGAUAACCCUACCGAAGUUGACUCUAUUAUCAAAAAUAUUACAGAACACGUGGACUCUGACAUUGUUCCAACAUUAUCUGAAAAUGAUUUGUUUAAUAUAUUUCAGGGACCUGUAUAUUUACCUGAUGGUAAAAAACAAAAGAAAUACAUUGAAAAAAAUACAUUUCCACAUAAAAGAAAGCAUCGUACUACUACAGAAACUAUAUACGAUUACAUUAUUGACACUACAACCAUUAACUCACCUAAAUAUACAGACGAUUUCCCAACCAAAAUUGUUGAAGAUUCAUACGAGGCACCUAAAACUUCUACAGAAAAUUUAUAUAACUUCAAUAAUCGUAUUGACACUACAACCAUUAACUCAUUUAAAUAUACAUACGAUUACCCAACUAAAAUUGUUGAAGAUUCAUACGAGAUACCUAAAACUUCUACAGAAAAUUCACAUAACUUAAAUAAAAAUGAUUCAACUAUACAAAAUCUUAUUGAAAUUGAAGUUAAUUCUCUAAUUAGAAAUAUUACAAAAUUAUUAAACAAUGAAACAAUUGAUGAGGAUAAAAGUGUUGAAGUAGCAACUAAAUUUUCCAAUUCUAUAUUCCUACCCGAAAACGCCAGGAGAGAAGUUAAACAUUACAAUAAGACAAAUAAAUUUUCACCAAAUUUUAAGCAUGUCGAUAAAAACACACUCAAAGAACAGAAACAGAAAAAAUAUAUAUCAAAAAAGAAGAAGAAAAAAGUCUAG